AUGCGGGCCGCUUCACAGGGCAACUACGACUUCGCGAUACUCGACCCAGCGGAACUGGCAGCUUUCUGGAGAAGCAUAGAAGCCAACGCUGCCAUGCUGCGCGUGGCUCUCAAAGGCUUCAGCCUGCGGCAUGCCAAACUAGUCGACCAUCUGUCUUCACCUCAUGCACUCGGCAAGAACUUCCGCGAGGACCUCGCUGAAGAAGCUCAGGUAUUAGCACUAUGUGUAGAAGAUUCUAAUGCCGAAAGCAUCUGGCACAGCUUUAUCCUGCUGGACCAAGACUCGUAUCUGCACGCAACCCACGAGGACUCCUGGAACGACACUACCCAAGGACGCGACAUAGCCUUACGACUCGAGAUAGCGAUUAACUGGCUUAAGGAUGCUCUCGAAGUUCUUCGCGGUGGCUACUUUUACAUCGAGAACGCGCGUGCUGCGCUGACUCCUGUCCUCCGUCUAAACGCCGAUAUCCUCCGUGCUAUCUUCGGGCAACUCGCUGAAUCUGAGGCUCCGACUAAAGGAUCGCUCGGCUGGAUACGCCUCUCGCACGUCUGUAGCGUCUGGAGACAGGUUCUCCUGGACAUGCGUGAUCUCUGGGCGCGCGACGCGUUCACAUUCGGAGCGGGCGUCGCAAGAAACGAUAUUCUGCCUCGUGCGCAAGGCACCGUCGUCUCCGUGAGCGCGAGAAGACUGCCGCCCCAAGGCCGAGGAAGGCUCCCUCUGAACUGCGAGACCGUCGUGUCUCUUAAGAAAGAGGAUGUCGAGCUGAUCUCGCGUCUCGCCGCACAGAGGUUACUUCGUGAUGUACACGUAGACGUCGUGACGCGCGGUUUCCUCGUAGAGUACGACGGCAUGCCGAAUCUCGUCGACCUGAUUCGCAUCCUAGGCGAACGCUCCCAGCCUCAUCUCCGCUCGGUCAAUAUCAGAGUACCGUGGGAGGAGAAGGCGCUGAAAGUGAUGUACGAAAAGUUGCCCUCAAUCCACAUGGCAUCUCAUCCCAAUCUUCGCCAUAUGGAGCUUGCCAACGUCUUCCUUCCAUUCUCCCUUCCCUUGCUGUCUAGCCUGCACUUGAUAUGUACGAUUGACAACUCCAUCAUGCCGGAUCGCUGGUUCGGUCUAUUCCUCGAAACUCUGAGAUCGUCUCCGGCGCUCGAUGACCUUCGGAUCGUUGGAUGGAUGUUCCCACAGCCGCCCGCCCAGUAUCGAAAGGUCACUCUCAGCCACCUCACCACGCUCUGCAGCACGACCAGUGAGAUACUAGCGUUCCUCCAUCUACCCGCAUUGCAGCGUGGCUAUCUCGCCGACUUGAAGUCGCUUUUGAAUGCGCGGACGGUCUUGACGACGGUAUUGACUCGGUACGGCUAUACUCCCCACAGUGUACAACUGUGCCAGCGGGAAGCUCCCGAUACAUAUCAUGACCGUGUAAUCGUGCGUCUAAGGCGUACACCUUCUGACAUUGUCUGCCCGCUUCUCAGCCUCCCACUUGUAAACGAACCGAUCUUGGAAGACCCAGGCUCGUACUUGACGAUAGCCAUGCUCUGCUCAAAGAGCCGUUCCAGACGCGCGAUAUCGGCGCUGUUCUCAACAUAUGCGACAUUCAUCAGCCCAAUGGCAACGACACAAGGCCUAGAGACGCUCGCUUUCGACAACGAAACGCGCGAAUGCGUCUUCCCCGCUAAUACCUCCAUCGCCGAGACCGGGUGGUUACCUCUGAUGCUCCCCUUCUUCCCGUCGGUCACGACGGUCGAGAUACCGUUCAGAGAUAAAGAUACGACGUUCCACCUACUUCUCUCGCUGGCGGCGCACUUUAACGUCGAGAGGCUCCCGUCUUUGAGCUCUAUCAGGUUCGUCGGCUCGAUAGACGGCGUAGACAACAUCAUGGAGGUCACGUCUCCUCUGGGCGCCGUCCUUCGUGCACGAGCAUCUCGCGUCGGUAUUGCGCCGAUCACGUCUCUCGUGGUAGCUCUGCCGGACCAACGCUGGUCGGAUAGGGCGGGGAAUGACGGGCUGAAACCAGUCCUCAUGAAGAUUGUAGUCGGGGAACCAGAUGACAAUGGGGAUCCAACGCUGACUGUAGAACCAAUGCCAGGGGAGGAUGUAGAAGGGGAAUCGCCGAUCAGUGACGCGUAG